AACGGAUGAACGCGCCGGCUGCUAUACAUUUAUCGCACGAUGUAGUUUAUCAGGCUAACGGUGUAGACUUAUAGGUUUAUCUAAAAUAUCUCAUGACUAACAAUGUUUUUUGAGCAAGUAGUAGUUUUUUACAAGCUGUACCAGUCGAUCAUCAGAGCAUGUUACACCUCUUUAAUAAACUUUAAAUAAAACCGAUGUUCACGCUACAAGGGUGGAUACGUUACGCGUACUUCACAGAUCGCAGACAGAAUUAAACACUCCUUGAUUUACUCAGACCCAGACUAAGCAUCUCCGACGCUCCCAGGGGUCUCUUAACAAUCGACUAAGUGAUUUUAGAGAAACAUCCUAUUCAAGAAAGUUUGUUUAUCCCUCAUGUUUUAUUACAUUUGAUUUUUCAGACACUCAAAAAGUUUUCAAAAAAUACGUGUCGUGCCAUGCACGAAAACACCGUGUAAAAAUUGGGUAUAGCACCAAAAAAGGAGAAAAAAAGUGUUAUUUUUCUCUGAUAACUGAAAUUAUAUCUGGCUUCACUUUCUUCAAUAAUGGUUAUAUACUGUCCGGUGAAGUAGUGAUGACCCAUUACCCACUUAUAGAAGACACUUAGAAGUACUCCAAUCGGUCGUAACUUCUUAUCCGGAUACCGUAUAUAGUAAACUGGGCAAAAAUUUCAAUCUGGAAAUUAUUCCAUUUCAUCAAGCUUAGAGGACAAAACAGAUACAAAUACUGAAUCUCCUCUUCAUUGCCCUUUUCACAAAACACACUCCACACAUUUGUACCUACACAAUAUUGAAAGUUCCCGUAAAAUGUUCUUGUUUCAUAUCGCUAGUUGCGGGUACCGGGUUAUGUUCGGUGACGAGUGAGUGCUGCCGAUUGAUCAGCUGAUGCGUUACCGCUGUGUAAUUGAUCUAUCUCGUGUAAAUAUUUUCUACACUGUCUGUACUAAGUGUUUUUACUGUGAAAUCGAUUUGCCAUGUGCGAGGGAUAAGAAUAGCGGUUUGUUGUUUCUGAGGCCUCUGUUUGUAGAGUACGUGUACAUUAUAUAAAUUCUUUAAUAGCUUUAAUUAGAUGCUGAAUUCGCUAAACCGCAGCGAGCUAGCGUGUUGAUGCCAUGCUAAAACCUGCCCUAUAUGACAGAAGGCCUGUGUCCAGUAGGGGGAAGUUGAAUCGUAGCUACGUAUCUAGUAUCUCUUUUCAUUUAAAGAAUAAUUUCAGAAAAAUAGACCUGGUCCAUGCAUGCAGAGGUUUUCUUGCGAACUUUAGUGUUAAAUGAGAUGGAGCAUCUACUAGGGGACAUCCAAUCCUGUUCUAUAGAAGAACAGACGUAGACGUAGAAGGUAGCUACAAAACUAGGAGGAGACACUUGAUUUUGGAUAUUAGUAUAAUGAUGAUAAUGGAAGCGUUUUCUUAGAUUUACAGAGAGGGCACUCAUUACACAAGUUUAAUAUAAACUUGGGUGUCAGUGGUACAAAAAGCUCUUUAUGCAAUUCAAAAAAUCUUGAUAUCACAAGCUGAUUCAUAUACCUCAAAACGAGUCGAUGUGUUGUCAACUUUUUUUUUAAAUAACUUUUAAAGGACAAUGUGAUUUAAGUAGGUUGAUAUAAAAGUUCACAAUUUCAGACAAACACUCACCGGUGUAUGAUUCAGCCUGCGAUGCUACGGCUUCUUAAUAUCAUUUAGUUUUUGAGUUCAGCUAAGCAUCAAGGUAAAUAGUUUUCUAAUAAAAUGAUUAAUAUCAAUCGUUCCCUAUUUCUAUAGUCCUCAUGGUGGUAUGACUACGUAACUAUUAAUCUUCAUAUACUCUAAAAUUAAGCCCAGACUUCCCAGUAUAAUGAAUAAUUUAAAAUGAACCGUAAUAAUGAUUCCCACCUCAUAAAGACACGAGUAAUUCGGCGAUACACCGUCUAGCCUGGUCCCCGAGGGGAUCGGCAGACGCGUCCGCUGCACCUACCUACUCACUAUAGGUACUACAUAUAUGACAGAUAGUCAGGGCCCCCGAUAGGGGUGAGACCAGCCAUAUUAAUUAUUUUCUGGACUCAUUUUCGAACGGUAUUUGAAUGUGUUCUUAACUUUAAACUGUGAAAUCAAAUGCAAAUUAUCAGUUUUAAAUACUUUUGGUGUAAAAAAGGGGCUUUUAUUGAACGUUUUCAUUUCUUGGAAUAACUCACAGAGAAAAAACAAUUAGUUUUCAAUCCUCCCAUACAUAAACAAGUAACUACCGGCUACUUAGAGAUCGAUUCUUUCGCACACUUGCCAAAAUUUUCGCAAGUUUACGUAAUAUAAUAUGGUAUCAAGAAUCUCAUUCAGUUUUCUCAAAAGCUAAAAUUGCUCAAGAAGAACUAGAAAUUCUGGUAUUUGAAUUCGAGGACUGAAUCAAGGAAAGUCUUAGCGCGUAGCACCACAAAAUAAUGUUGUACCUGCCUUUAUCUGCUUUGUAUAUACCCUCAUAGCUUGCCUCAUAAACCGAAAAUUAACUUCUUAAAAUGACAUGUAGUUUAAGGAAAUAUCUUUAUGUUCCAAUUUCUCUCGUCUACAGCUUGUUUUGCCCCCAACUUGACCGUAAACGAUUGUCUAAGAAUCAUUAACACAAUGUCAUUAUAAUAAAUAAGGCUAGAUCAUUUGAAUAAUACUAAUGUAUUGAUUUGGCGGCAUCUAUGAAGAAGAAAAAAUGCAAACGUAAAUUUAUUCAUUGAAAAUUUUCAUCAAUAUUCAUUUGGAUCCAUCUAUAGUUUAUAUCAUAUCAAUUCACAGCUAUUGUUAAUUGUUAGAGUCGAAGAGGUUAUUAUAGACCCCAAAUCGUAAAUCAUAAUGAGCAUUUCUUAAUGAAGAGGUGUGGAAAUCUAUGCUAGUCUCACUUCUAUACGUAAUUUUUGAGACCUGUAGUGGGACAGAUACAGGCCGGUAUUUUUGAGAAAAGAAAUUGCUUAGUUUUUGGCGAUUUCCUCAUCUCGCAUUUCAGAAAUUGUAAUAAAUUUGUUAAACUAAUUCAUGUUAAAAUCUUACUUGUGCAUCUCCAAAUAAAGGAGAGAUAAUGUUUUAUUCCAUUCAGAUUGUCUAGCAAAUUCUGUAGUCGCGCCAUAAAAAGCUCAUAAAAAUCGCGUAAAACAGAAAUAAAACGAACAGGUCACACCUAAAACACCCCUGUGCACUGCUAGGUGUAAACGAAACAGAUGGAAACUAUCCGCUACGCCGAGAACGAUAUCAAUAUUGUACAGCCACAGAGACAGCACAUACAGGAAACGGUCACAUUAUACCUCGCGUAUGCUCUCCUACACAAAUUUAGAAUAAAACCGGAUUCCAUUAAUACGAUUACAGAAUGAUCACUUGUCGACCAAAUUAAUUACCAAGAUGUUCUCAGUGAAUAUGAGAUUUUAUUAAGCCUGCCCAAUUUAUUCACUAAUCUUUUAAUGUCAUUUAUUUUAAUACUACUAAAGACAUAAUAAAUGAUUGAACUAAUUUCCUGUUGAAGACUCAAAACUCGUUCGGGAUUUCAUAAAUUGUGAUGAAGGUGCGAAGUUUGCGGUGCAAGCGAAAGUCCUUGCACGAGUCAGUAGCGCAAUAAAUUGGUGGCUCACGCGUGAUUUGGCGUCGAGAUGACACGCGUCGCAGUGCGAUGACGUCCUGAAACGUCCAUGUUAGAUCGGCGGCCGUGUCCGGCGCGGGCCCGCGUCCGGCGCGCGUCCGGCAGCCGUGGGCGGCCGUAGUGGGCGUGCAGGCGCUGCACCGCCCCGCCCCCCGCGCGCCCCACGCUGUUUAUUCUCGGCCCGACUGGCGGGGCGCGCGACAGUCGCCCGCGUGACGCGCACCCGAACGCACGCGUGCGUCAGAACAAAAAACAUCCAACAAUACGCAAUACUCAAAACCAAUCAAGCUUUAAAUAAAACUUCCAUUUUUAUACUGAGGAUAAUAGUGUGUGGAGAUUAGCGAGGUGUCGUGCAGGGCACGGCAGACGAGCUGGGCUGCAGAUAGUUGUGUCGCGAGCUCGCGGAAGGCAUUACGGUGGCGGCGGCACUGGGCGCCCGGCUGGAAUGCGCCGGAUUGGAUACGUUUAGCGCGCGCGCACGCCCCGACACGGUGCCGCCUUCCGAGCACCCGGCCAUGGCGACCGACACCGGUACACUGACCGCUCUGUAUGGCGCAGGCGGCGCCGCGGCCGGCGGCGAGCAGCAAUACUCGCUGCGCUGGAACGACUUCCACUCGUCCAUGGUGUCGUCCUUCCGGCGCUUGCGAGACGAGGAGGACUUUGUCGAUGUCACGCUCGCAUGCGCCGGCGCCACCUUCACCGCACAUAAGGUGGUGUUGUCAGCAUGCAGUCCUUACUUCCGGAAGCUAUUGAAGGCAAAUCCUUGUCAACAUCCUAUUGUGAUACUACGGGACGUCCACGACAAAGAUAUGGAAAGUCUGCUGAGGUUUAUGUACCAAGGAGAGGUACACAUCGGGCAGGAGCAGCUGAAAGAGUUCCUGAGAGCAGCUCAACUGCUGCAAGUACGAGGGCUUACAGACGUGCCGGCACCAGCACCGAUGACUACUUUAGAUCAGAAGGCUUCACCAUCAGCAUCAUCGUGGACUGAGACCGGUAGCGGAGGCUCACGCGAGGGCAGGGAGGGGCAACAGCGUGAAGGCAGGAGGCCCAGGAAGCCGGACGGCGACGCAGCCAACACACCGCCGCCGAAGAGAGCCAGGUCCUCAGACCUGUACCAGGCGCAAAUGAAGUCCAGGUGUAGGACGGAGCAGCUACUAGCGCAGGGGGCCAGCCCUGAGAGGCUGGGCACCAACGGACACGAGUUGUUAUUUAGCCAGGCCAUGGACACAUCUCAGAACCCUCAUCUAUCGGGAGUAUCGAAUAACUUGUCUGGAGAUGGUGAAGAGUCGUCAUCAGAUGCAGGUGCCAGCGACACGGAGGGCGAGACACGAGCCAAGCAGGAGCCCCUGGACUACGACGACCCCGCCACCAUGGCUAACACUAACGGAACGCUGCCACACAACUUCCCCGGACUACUCAAUCUACCAGGCUUCCCCGGACUGCCAGGGCCAUCAGGAAUCCCUGAUAAUUACGGAGGCUGUCGACGGACCCAAGACUUGCUGCGUGUGAGAGCUACUGACCCGCGGCCGUGUCCCAAGUGCGGCAAGAUCUACCGGUCUGCGCACACGCUGAGGACGCAUCUCGAGGACAAGCACACCGUCUGUCCUGGCUACCGUUGCGUGCUCUGCGGCACGGUGGCCAAGUCGCGCAACUCUCUACACUCGCACAUGUCGCGACAACACCGCGGCAUCUCGACCAAGGACCUGCCCGUUCUUCAGAUGCCCACCAAAUUCGACCCCGAGCUCGCCAGCCAUUUACUCGCCAAGGCAGGUGUGAAGGUGUCUCCGGAACAGCUGCGAGCGCGCGCUUCCCCCACGGGUCCGCGUCGCUCUGACAUCAAGCUGGACGCCAAGUCUGCCGCCUCGGAGAGCAGCUCCAUCUGCGGGGACAACGAUAACGACGACCUCAGCCAGUCCAGAUACCAAGACAGCUUACCUGUUUCUCCACCACACAUAAACAACUUGGCUAACACGACGAUCACGAAAGUGCCUGCAGUGCGAGCCGUGACUGCUAAGACUAUGGAGAACCUGCCGCAUGGACUCAGCGCCGGAUUGAAACACGAUGACUACCCGCCUGGAUACGGAGGCUCAGCCUUGCUGGACACCUACCUGCAAUACAUUGGAGAAAACAUGUUUGGUAUGAACGCAAAACUGGCACAAAUGAACGCACUUCACAUUGACAGAAAAGCUUAUGAGGAACCUUCUCCACAAAUGGGAUCGCUCCCACCGCCACCGACAAACCUUGCGCACCAGCGGACCUUUCUCAAACAAAUGCAGCGGCAGUACACUGAGAACAUGAGCAAACCUGACAUCAUGCGCGACUCCGAUGAGCCUCUGGAUCUCGGCAAAGAGAGACAAAGAAAUGACAGCAUCAGCGAGAUGGACACCGACAAGCACGAGAGCACAGACAAGGACAACGGAAAAGAUUACUACAAAGAUUAUAACGACGACGACAGGAGAGUGACCUCCGAGCAGGACGCGGACAACAACGGGCAGGAGGACGGCGACUACUCGGAGGACGAACACAACAAGAACUCAUGAAAUGAAGGCGUGUUACUGAUAAGUGUGUUGAAUUAGUCACGUAGACUACGUGCAACACGGAUAGGACAAUGUUUUGUUGAAAUUAUCAAAAGGUGCUUGAGUGUUAUGUUUUGUGGUCAUUAGCUUGAUUCGUUUUUGUAAUAACGGUUUUAAUUGUUGACCCGUGGAAUGUCUUUGGUGCCAUUUCCGAUAUUAAUGUAAAUUUAAAGUUUUAGGGUUAAAUCGGUUGCAGCUAGGUUGAGUCUGGUUAUUUUGCUGAGAUAGAACAAGUCUGGGUCGCUGGUAUCCUGUAAUGCGCGGAUACGUGGUACGAUAGUCAUAGCAUGAGUCCCCCCAGCAUGGCGUGCAUGAGCGUGUAGCUGUGCGGGUGAAUGAGACCUGUUCGUGAGACAUUAUUUUUAUACCUGAUGUGAUAACACAGCCAUAUUUCACUGUAGCAUUUACCUGACACAUUAGUUCAGAUCGUCGACUCGCCACAAGUUUGUGAGAUUGUUUUAGUAGAUAAUAAAACUAGCGAGUAGUGUUUUUUGUAUUGUGUAUGUAAAGGUCCCGGUCACGUAGUAGGACCUCUUACAUAGUAAUUCCAUCCAUCUACCUCAGCAUUUGGGCCAAUAAGGCAAACGUUAUAAAGUAAAAUAUCCACACAAAUUGUGAAAUUCCAUCCAUCUACCUCACUUCAAUAGAUUUUAUUUAAUAUUUUAUACAAUUUAUAGAUAUAAAUGACUGUUGUUUUAUGCAUUUUGCAGAUUGCAUUUAUAUAUAUACUAUAUAGAGUAUAUCGUAGGUAAAUAUAUGCAAGUCAUUAGGUCAUUGUUAGUGCUGCCCGUAGAUACUCGUACGUAUACCGUUAUUUUAUAGAAUAUGCACUCACUAGAGGAACAUUAGACUGUGUCACGAUCGUAGCGAGUAAUGAACAUAUACCUCUGAUAUCAAGGAGCACACUAACUUUAUACGAUCAAAAUACUAAAUACUGUAUACGAACAAAUACAACAGAGCUUAAAAUCAUACUAUUUUAAAGUAAAUAUACACUUACGUGCGUAUACUGAAUUGCGAACGGCGAGAUUAUAACGCGAUAAUGACAAUGUAUAACGAUUUAAACAUUUAAGGGUGAAUAUGAUGUCGACAAACGUUUGUAUUGCAAGUCGAAGGCUCGGGUUCUGAAGUGUUGUGUUGCUCGCGAGUUCCGCCCCCACGAUACCUUGCAUCUUAUGAUCAUCAUCCUCCUUGAGACUGACUAUCAUCCAAGGGAUGAACGGUUAUCGCGUUAUCAUAACUGCGUGCGAUUCGUCAAAAGUUCAAAUUUGACAUUUAACAAUAUAUUAUAUUAAGAGGAUAUUAUGCAUGUAUAUAAAUUGAGGUGAUAUGUAAAGUACAUUAAUAAAUAAAUAGAAACAAAAAGCAAUAAUAAAGUAUACCUUAACGUUGCCUUCGAAUUUGUGUAAAUACGUGGGUAGUGAACGGUUUGCGUUGGUAUUGUGAACAAAUAUGAACCUUAUAGUGUACAAGUGAAGGUUUAUUUUGUAGUAAUGAUGUGGGCUCGUUACUUAAAUAACAAUUACUGUGAUUACAAUCUCAUGUUAGCCUUCAAUACUUAUACAUAUUUUUUAGAGUACAAUGUUAUAGUUAUUUAGUAUAUUGUAAGAGUAUUCGUAAGCGAGUCACAAAAUUAUAUUUACUUCCCGCCCCUGACGAUAGGAUUCACGUUAUUUAAGAGUUAGAGCAAUAGGUGAAAGCAUUUAACCUUUUUUAUGAGAGAUAUAAACAUUUGUGAAUUUAUUGAGAUAUCUCACUUUGCCACCGGGGCUUGUAAAGCUGUCAUUUUGACACUUGCGAAAGUGCGGACAUCGCAAACAAAUUCAUAAGUUAUUACUAGGAUUAAGUUCUACGGGUUGAUUGAAAAUAUUUUGUUUAGUGUGUUAGUGAGAAUUGAUGAUUUAAGUCAGUUUGGUUUGCGCAAAUAUAACCUUGUUGACAUUUAACAGUGUUGCCAUAGUGAGUAAUAAUUUUCGACUGUAUAUAAAAUAAGUUUUGUUUGUUUAGGAAAAUGAGUGCUUAAUAAUUAAUUGAUUAUUAUGGUAUAGAUACAAGUAUCUUUUAUUUAGAUUACUCUGAUUACAUUCUACUCAUUAUAGUUCUUUUAGAUAAAUAGAGUUGAUGCACGCUGUAUUUAACAUUAUACAAUAGUCAGUUACCAGAUUGUGAUUAAGGAAAGUAUAUAUAUUUUUUCAACACAAGCCACUUAAAAUACAGAUAAUAAAUAUUAAGGGGGAUUUACAUCGUCAUAUCUGGAGGUCUCUACACGCUCUGAGGCUGGCCCAAACGCUGACCCGCAUUGCUUCGCACAAACGCCUCCGGUGGCGUGUAGAGAACUUGAGAAGACUCGGCAAGUCCGCUAAUAGUGUGCGAUGUAGGUCCCCCGCCGCACUGUACAGUUGUUGAUUAUGCAGAUUAUAUACCAGUGAAGAAAUAAGUACUUAGGACUAUAAGUCAAUGAUAUGCUCUCGAUAUAAUACUUACGUUUAGUUACCUUGUGAACUGGAAGUUCGACAUUAGUUUUUUUCUUUAUGUUUGGUUAUACUAAUAUACCUCAUUAGCAUGACCUAUCAUGUAAAACAUUUUUAUUAGUUUAACGCACAGUUUAAUGUUGAUUUUUAUCUGUUCGAGUACUGACGCAAUUUACGAAAACCGUAGAAAUUAUAAGUAAAGCCACGCUACAAAAGUACAAAUAAGAAUUGAUGUAGUACAGAAGUAUAAUAUUCUUGCAAAAUGUUGUUUCAAUGUUAAUAGAUGUGUAUAUUUUCGUGAAUUGCCGCGAUUUAGUGGUCUCGAACGGAUCGUAGCAUACGUAUAUAGAGCACAACACAUUCUGGUUGAUCACCAUGUGACAGUACCAAGUAGUUACGUUCCAAAUGUUUACACUCCGGAUUUGACAGAGCUAUAUUUACAGGAGUUUUAUAUCCACACUUUUGAAAGUUUGUAACUAAAUUGGUAUGACUUUGCUCAUGCAUAAUUUUUUGUGACAGGUGACAUUUUAAAACAGUCAAAAUGCUAAUGUCUAGUAUCACAUGACUUGCUAAUCUUUGCCAAGUUAAGGCAAUAUUUUGUAUGUGGUCAUCGUCUUUGCUCGUUGAUGCUUUAAGAGCUGUUGAAAGACUAGCAGAGAAAUAUUUUGUCUGGUUUAGAAUUUCGGUGAAAACGAUGAAAGUUGGUCGAUGGGAAAGCUACAAUUGCUUUGGAUAUGAAGCAUUGUUCGUAUUGAUUUAGUUAUGAACAAACACCUUUACAACUGUUCGGUCCAAAUUAUUUUUAUGAUCUCGCAAAGCCCCAUAUUAUUUAACUUUCUGUUUCUGGUGGCGCUACUGUAUACGACUGCUGACAAAAGCGUUGCCACCAUUCCUUCAAGUUAAUUUCAUCUCUAUCUCUGUACUAAUUAGGUGUAUAUUUCAAAAUCAUUGGACUUACGUAAAUGAAUAAGUAUUUAUGCAAUAAUUAAUUAAGGUAUGUUUGGAAUGACGAGUACAAGCCGCCAUAUUGUAUGAUGACGUCACUCUUGUGUAAACGCGAUGUGUAUUGGACAUUUCAGUAUUGUUAUGAUUUUGAUAGAACGAUAUACCUAAUUAUGACAGAUUGAAGUAUUUUAUGUGUAUUUUAAUAUGGAACAACCACACCUGAGCCAUUGUACGUUAGAGUACUAGUUGUACGCUGCUUCAUUACAUUACUAUAUACAAGAAUAAUAAAAAUAAUUGUUUUGAA